AUGGCCCAAGCGACGUCAAACGGUGUCAAUGGCACCAACGGGCUGUCCGCCAAUGACCAGAUCCAGCGCUUCGCUGCUCCGAGCAGACCUCUGAGCCCUCUCCCUGAGCACGCCCUGUUCAACGACAAAACCCGAUGCUUCGUCUAUGGCCUCCAACCCCGUGCCGUGCAAGGCAUGCUAGACUUUGACUUUAUUUGCAAGCGCAAGGCUCCUUCGGUCGCAGGCAUCAUCUACACCUUUGGCGGUCAGUUCGUCAGCAAGAUGUACUGGGGUACCAGUGAGACUCUGCUGCCCGUCUACCAGCAGGUGGACAAGGCCAUGAGCAAGCACCCCGAGGUCGACGUUGUGGUCAACUUUGCCUCUUCCCGAAGUGUGUACAGCUCCACCAUGGAGCUCAUGGAGUUUCCUCAGAUCAAGACGAUUGCCAUCAUUGCCGAGGGUGUUCCUGAGCGACGAGCUCGUGAAAUUGCUCAUGUUGCCAAGAAGAAGGGCGUCACCAUCAUCGGCCCCGCCACCGUUGGCGGUAUCAAGCCUGGCAGCUUCAAGAUCGGGAACACGGGUGGCAUGAUGGACAACAUCGUCGCCUCCAAGCUCUACCGCAAAGGCUCAGUUGGUUACGUUUCCAAAUCGGGCGGCAUGUCCAACGAGCUGAACAACAUCAUUUCAAACAACACAGACGGUGUCUACGAGGGCAUCGCCAUUGGCGGCGACCGAUACCCCGGCACCACCUUCAUUGAUCACAUGCUCCGAUACCAAGCAGAUCCCGAGUGCAAGAUUCUCGUCUUGCUGGGCGAAGUGGGUGGUGUUGAGGAGUACAAGGUCAUUGAUGCUGUGAAGCAAGGAAUCAUCACCAAGCCCAUUGUCGCUUGGGCGAUUGGCACUUGCGCCAGCAUGUUCAAGACCGAGGUUCAGUUUGGUCACGCUGGUUCUUUUGCCAACUCGCAGCUCGAGACGGCGGCCACCAAGAACAAGAUGAUGCGCGAGGCUGGAUUCCACGUCCCAAACACGUUUGAGGACAUGCCCCUGGUGCUGAAGGAGGUCUACAGCAAGCUUGUCAAGGACGGCACCAUCGUUCCCCAGCCCGAGCCCGCUGUUCCCAAGAUCCCCAUUGACUACUCCUGGGCCCAGGAACUUGGUCUGAUCCGAAAACCCGCUGCCUUCAUCUCCACCAUUUCCGAUGAUCGUGGCCAGGAGCUGCUCUACGCCGGUCUGCCCAUUUCUGACGUUUUCAAGGAGGACAUUGGCAUCGGCGGCGUCAUGUCUUUGUUGUGGUUCCGUCGCCGUCUGCCCGACUACGCCUCCAAAUUCCUGGAGAUGGUGCUCAUGCUUACUGCUGACCACGGUCCUGCCGUGUCUGGCGCCAUGAACACCAUCAUCACUACCCGUGCCGGCAAGGACCUGAUCAGCGCACUGGUUUCCGGUCUGCUGACCAUUGGUUCCCGCUUCGGCGGCGCCCUGGACGGAGCCGCCGACGAGUUCACCCGGGCCUUCGACAAGGGCCUGAGCCCGCGCGAGUUUGUGGACAACAUGCGCAAGGCCAACAAGCUCAUUCCCGGCAUUGGCCACAGAGUCAAGUCUCGCAACAACCCCGACCUGCGUGUUGAGCUGGUCAAGGAGUACGUGCUGGCCAAGUUCCCCAGCCACAAGCUGCUGGACUACGCCUUGGCCGUCGAGACCGUCACCACCUCCAAGAAGGACAACUUGAUCCUCAACGUGGACGGCUGCAUCGCCGUGUGCUUUGUGGACCUGCUCCGCAACUGCGGUGCCUUUUCCACCGAGGAGGCAGAGGACUACCUCAAGAUGGGUGUUUUGAACGGGCUUUUCGUCUUGGGCCGAAGCAUUGGUCUCAUCGCCCACUACCUCGACCAGAAGAGACUGCGUACCGGUCUCUACCGUCACCCCUGGGACGACAUUACCUACCUGCUGCCCAACUUACGCGAGGGUCGGCCCGGGGCCGAGGGCAGAGUAGAGGUUCAGAUGUGA